AUGCUUAACAACACAAUCGUCACAUAUAGCGAGCCCGAGACUACGCCUAUCAGCGAAGUCCAAGCUAUUCAUUGUAAGCUUGUGGAAGCUGAGAACCAGUGCAACAUGACCAUCGUAACUCAAUUUUCCAAAACGGACCCAAUGCUCAGUCAUGAGCCAUGGGAGGCCAUUGUCGCACGUCAUUAUAUGCUUCUGUGUGAGUACUAUGACUUCUUGUCCACCACUCAGGACUACUCUGCCAGUCCAAAAUUGCGUGAGCUUGCGAGCAAGCUUGCAAUGCCAGCGCGCUUAUGGGAGAAGGGGAUACGUUCCUUAUUGGAUCGACUACAUGGCUGUUUGCCUGAAUCACACGACCAUAUGUGUACCUUCAUCGACUUGGCGUGUUUCAUCAUGGCGCGAGUAUAUCGAACGGUGCCGGCCUUUGAAUCUACUUGGAUUGAACAUCUUGGUGAUCUGGGUGCAUACCGGAUUGCUAUGAAAGACGAUCACCUCCAGGACCGCGAAGCCUGGACGUCAGCUACACGUCAGUGGUACUCCGAGGCUAGUCACAGGUAUCCCUCGAUCGGCCGUCUUUAUCACAGAUUAGCAGUCUGUGCGAAACCGAACACUCUCGAGCAGCUUUUCUUCUACACAAAGUCUCUCUGUGUACGAGUUCCGUUCCUAGACGCUCGGGAUUCCCUUGCGACGUUCUUCGAACAGAAUAUGAACGGGGUCUCCGGAACGCCUGUGGUCAACACAAAUUCGUACGAAUUCAACGAGACUCCUCACAUCGAGUUGACGAACGAGGUGGCCGUGUCUCUUGACCUGAGUCGCGCAGACGACGGAAUUGAGAAGCUUAACCACCCGGAGUCCGCCUAUAUGAUGAAUGUGGCCUUGAGAGCCGAUCCAGAAGAUUGCGACAUGGUGAUGAUUGAUCUCCCCACUCUCGACGCGGACGACCUCGACUGUGCGAAGCAGGAGUCUCCAGUCGCCAUCACCGUACCUCUCCACGAUGAGGGGGUUAUCGCAGCUAUGGAUAUCAACACUGCCUUCGUACGCGCCCACGGUCUCUUGUUCUCUGGAAAGGACUAUGAUCAGUUCAUUGCCCAGUCGAAAAUCUUGACUGAACACCUCGCUACAUCUGCUUGCCAGUGGACGGAGGAUGGGUACCACAUAUCGAUCGUCCUGAGUUGCGCUCUACUUGAAUACGGUAGCGAGAGCAACCCGAUCAUGAGGAUCAUCAAACAAGGACAUGCAGACGAAGGAGGCCUGGCAAUGAGCCACACCCCAAAGGCCGACGAGAUGAUGCCCUACCCAAAUCAGAGAUUCACUCACGCGCUUGGUUUUGUGUCUCGCGCCCACAGGGCAGUGUUUAGCAGCACCGGUGAGGAGAAGACUUCCUCCUAUCUGCAUGUCGCCCUAGUGUUCUUGCAUCACGUGUCACAGUUCUCCAAAGCAAUGGCCCUUGUCGGGGACAAGAUGCCUUGGAAGGGCAUCUGCUCAUAUUUGAACAUGAUGAUGGAAUCAUGUUCAUCCGUCCAGAAGAUGGAGUCGGAUGACUUGCCGCACUCCGUAUCUCAAGCUGUCCAACCGCUGCCCGAGGACUUUGCGCUGAGGGGGUUGCUGUGGGCUGAAAAGUAUUAUCCGGAUGAAUGGUUCUCCAGAAUCGGAGCGGACACCGACGAGACGGAUCCACCGACUGGCUGGAUGUUGCAGGAGCGCGCGGACCGGUGCCUCUGGCUUGGGUGUCGUAUUGCUAAGUCGGGCGUGUGGCUGCAGUAUGACAAGACUGUCGGGCGAUUCCGCGCGGACUCGAUGUUCGAAUCGGAACUUUGA